CUCGCUUCCCUCCCCAUGCAGACAAGGAGGGCGCCGGCUCCUUCAGCCAAGGCUCUGCGGACCUCCUGCUAUCCUGAUCUGCAGGAAGAUGACAGGAGGAAGAAAUGCCAAGGAAAACAUGAAUUUUUUGAUGAAGAAGAAGAAAGCAAGCUGUCUUACACUGAGAUUCAUCAGGAAUAUAAAGCUCUGGUUGAAAAGCUGUUAGACAGUUACCUUAAAGAAGUUGGAAUCAAUGAAGACAAAUUCCAGGAAGCUUGUAUGUCUCCUCUUGCCAAGACUCGUACCUCACAGGCCAUCUUGCAGCCAGUAUUGGCAGCUGAAGAUUUCAGGUUGUUUAAAGAGAUGAUGGUCCAGAAAAAUAUUGAAAUGCAACUGCAAGCCAUAAGAAUAAUUCAGGAAAGAAAUGGUGUGCUACCUGAUUGUUUGACAGAUGGGUCUGAUGCAUAUACUGAAAUUGAAGAAGAGGAAAUGAAAAUAUUAAGGGAGGUUCUCAGAAAGUCAAAGGAAGAAUAUGAUCUGGAGCAAGAAAGGAAAAGAACUAAUGAGUCACAUGAGAAACAGAGAUCAUCUGAUGGUGCACACAAAUCUCCAGGACAUCUGAGUGAAAGUGCAGGAACUAAAGAGCCUGCUGACCAUACUACAAAACAUUCAUCAGGUCGAGAGGCAAAACACAAACACUUACCUACCCGGGAACUGCCCUCUGCCAAACUGAAGGAAGAGAGUCGGAAGAAAACCAUAGGGAAUGGCUCUGAAUGUGUAGCAAAGCAAGUGGGGACUGAAGGACGUAAACUAUCAGAACUUGGAGCACAAGAGCUCAGGGAGCGUGAAGACUAUCUAAAGCAGAAACGAGAUGCAUUGAUGGCUUUGAAGAAGGAGUCCAAAACUAAUAUGCCGCCGCCGCCACCACCACAAAGUACAGAGCAGAAAGAAGAGCUGUUACCUUCUAAGGAGGGAAUGACAGAAGAAGAGGAGCAAAGGUUGUUAAAGAAAAGAAUCCUUGCAGCAAAACUUAAAGAAGAAGUUAUUAAUAAGCGAUAGUUCAGAGAAGCUGCUUCUAGGAGUUGGGGACAAGAAUGACUGUUUAGUAUAUUUAACCAUGAACUGAAUUCUUUGCUCACAAACAUUGUAUGCAUUAAUUUGAUUUUCUAUAUUAAACAUUAACUUUUUUCUUGUUUUUUUUAAAAAUAGAUUUAAAUUAGAUAAAAGUAAUGAUUUAUUUUACUUUUUUUUUUUAAAGGUAGGCUUGGUCAUUCCAAAGUCUUAAGCAUCCAGCAGUUUAGAUUCUUACGAUUCCAAUACGUAUUGCUGAAUGUGAACACUGUAACUCUUUUGCUUGGUUUAAUAUUUGUCGGUUCUUUUGUCAAAAGUACAUUGGUAGACUGACAUUAAAGUGUUUAAACUUGUUUUGAUUUAUAUACAGAUGAAUGUAGAAGUGUCAAGUUUAAAAUCAACUGUAUAGAGCUCCAAGUGUUCCUUCCUUCUCACAAGAUUGCCUUGUGAGACGGAAGUUUGGCAGCCUUGCAAAUUACAGGGCAGAAGUAGGCACACUGUAAAUUUGCCUACAUAUAAAUAUGCUGUGUAAUGUUUGAAGCAGGCUGAAGAAACAGAAUAAGCUAAUAUAUUUUCAUAUAUUUUAAGUGAACCCAUUCAAUAUUAUUUGUGCUUUAUUCAGAACAAUCACUCUCCCAGCGUUUCCGGCACCAGAAGGCUACCGUCUACAAAUUUCCAACACAGUAAGAAACACAGCUCAUCCACAUUUCAUGUAACUUUUUAUUAAAAUAGUAUUUAACUGA